AUGGAGCCCGGAGCCGGACGAAACAAGGUAUCGAAGCGAUCCUCGAAUGCCUGCGUGAGGUGCCGCCGUCAGAAGAUCAAAUGCUCCGGCUCUCAGCCGUGUGAUGCCUGUGGCAAGCGGAGACAGUCGUGUAUCUUUGACGAGAGAGACCAGCGGAUUGUCGUUACCAGAGGAUAUAUCAUCGACCUUCAACAGAGGAUCGAACGGUGGGAACGGAGCCGGAGCAUCAAUGAGCCUACCCUUGCCUCGGUCGAGGGCGGACCUCGUGCCAGUAAAGCAAGAAACAGUGAGGGCGAUGUUGACAUUCCCAUGAGGGAUGAUUCAAGCGGCGGCCCAAAUGCUGCAGAGAGUACGCAAGAGAAAGGAAGCGCGGAAGCCCGGCCCAGACCACCACCGCCAGUAGAUCCCGUGGCUUCCACCCUGACCAACCCUUUAUCGACCGGCCAGUCCGAGUACACAACAGCCCCGGAUGGGAGGAUACUGUACCUCGGGACGUCUUCGAAUUGGUCCUUCGUGCGCCGCCUCCUCAGCAUCACGCACCAGCACGUCAACAAGACCCCCUUGCCGACCAACGCCCUCCUUUUUGACGCCACGGCCUACUCUCUGGACUGGAAUGGCUACAGGACCGGAGAUGCUUCAGAGAUGCCGGCUCUCCCGACGCAAGACUACGCCAUCUACCUCGUCAACGCCGUCAAGUUCCACUGCGGCCAGAUGUUCCACCUCUUUGACGAGGAAACCUUCAUGAAGUCGCUUGGUCACUUUUACUCGGACCCCAACCCGAGGCCGGACCCGACUGAUCUAUGGUUCAUCCACUAUCUCCUCAUCCUCUCGUUCGGGAAGGCCUUCACCACGAAGACGAGCCGCGGUAGAAGGCCUCCGGGCCACGACUUCUUCGUCAAGGCAAUGCAGCUGCUCCCGGACCUCGUUGUCCUGCUGCGAGAACCGGUGCUGUCUACCGAGAUACUUUGCUGCGUUUCCCUGUACAUGCAAUGCAUCGACUUCAGGCACCAUUCAAAUAACUUUGUGAGAGCCUCUUCUUCUGAUUUGCAUCCCACUAUAACCAUGACUUACAAGAAAUGCCAGAUAGGUCAGGCUCUCCGGUUCGCACUCGGGGAAGGCAUGCACACGGAUAUGCCGGCACAGCAGCUUGGAGAGUCGCACGUCGAAAGAUGUCGCAGGCUGUGGUGGACGGUGCAUAUCCUGGACAGGGAGAUGACAUCCCUAUUUGGCCUGCCGCCGUCGAUCCAUGACGAUUACGUCUUGUGCCAGCUCCCGACCUACUCAGGGUCCGUACAACGGACCGCCGCCCUGCGCAUGCGGGUCAGGCUCUCCGGCGUGAUAGGGAGCAUCAACAGGAAGGUUUACGGCCUCGACGGGAGACUGAACAAUAAGUUCAUGCUCGGCACCAAAGAAGUGCUCGCCAGCGUCGCAGAAGUUGCCGACGAGCUCCAACAGUCCUUUGCGCUGCCGCUGGAGAAGGACACAAGCUGCGUCUCAAGAACGUCGGCCCACCUUCACCUCCUUCACCAUCAAUGUAUCGUGCUCGCCACCAGACCGUUGCUCUUCUGCUUCCUGAAGAUCCGCUUCGAGUCCCAGAGCAAAUGCACAGAGCUCCUGGGUUCCUCUCAGACGGUCCGAAACUUGAUCCAGAUGUGCAUCGACUCCUCGCAGCAAAUGGUGUCCAUUUUGGAUUGUCUUCAGUCACAAGGGCUACUGGAGACCUUUCUCCCUUUCGACCUCGAGGCAAUAUUCAUCUCCGCCAGCAGUCUGUUGCUAGGUCCCGCGAUAGACCCGGAGUGCUUCGGGUGCCUCGAUUCCUCGCUGGAAAAGGUCUACGCGGUCUUUGACGAGAUGAUCAUGGCCGGGAACGCCAUCGCCAAGUUCCGGAAGUCGGAGCUGCAGCAGCUGGAAAGCAUGCUGCAACAGCUCACUCCGUGGCCGUCCCAGGCGUCGGAGCAGGCGACUCUCGUGGGCGACGCGGGACAGACGCAACCUCGCGAGGACGCAAGCCCCCCGGACACGGUCGUUUCGUCAAUGACAACGGACCCUUCGCAGCACGAGAGCUAUUCGUCCUCGAUACCGGGGACCAUGGACGACAUGAGUUAUGAUAGCGGGCUCACGAUGGCGCAGUUGCUGGACAUGGCGAACUCCAUUGAGCAGGAGGACUCGGAGUGGAUGUCUCAGACGAUAGUUGAGCAUAGCAUCUGGUAG